ACUCGUGGCUGCCACUCCGAAUUCCGGUGGCUAACUUCUAGCUUUCGCUCCUCUCCUCCUAGGGGCGCAUGGUCGAGCAUGUCUUCCCGGUGGAUCUAGAGGAGUGCCACCGGCUGGGUACCAUGACUCCCUCUUCUCCCCGGCGAGAUCUAGGUUGCGGAUGAUAAGGGCGUCUGACCCCCUCUAGAACCCGCUCUCGCUUCGAGCCCAUGCUUCGUAGACCCCAAACACGGUUUCCAAGGAGACGCCUUCCUCCCGCACGAAGACCAUACACACCUCCAUUGCCGGUCUUGUUAGCUCCGAAGUAUCCCGUCCCAUCUCGAAAAGCAUCAUGUGUUCCUACAUUUUGUUGCGGGGUGACUCCUGCCCAUCCAGUGCUUAUGGUACCUCCUGUGCACCAGGAGUCCAGUGUCAUGCCAAACAAUACACUAGAAGAGAAGGAGGUGGAGUUAGAAGAAGAAAAGGAAUUGUCAUGCACACGCAAAAGGCCCAAAUGUGCAGGAUCUGUUGUCCAAUCGCAACAGGAAAUUGAGGUUCUCGCCAUUGAAAAUGUGAAUAAAGGGCCUGGCUUUCUUUCACUCGAAGAGUCUGCUUAUGUAGUGCAGAGCAAUGUUGAAGCAAAUGUUUGCAGCCAGGGGGAUAUUCGUGGCAGCACAACUCAAGAAGUAACAGCAAGGGCGAAGCUGAAUGAUUUCUGCAGUGCAAUUGGCUGGAAGUAUCCAAAAUAUGACUUUGCAGAACAAGGACCUAACAAAAACUUGUUCACAUGCAAGGCGACUGUCCAUGUGGACGCAAUCACAGACACCAUUGUGGAGUGCUUCAGUGAAUCCAAGCCUCAGAAAAAAGCUGCGCGGGAACAAGCUGCUCAAGGUAUAUUAUGGUGCCUUAGAUGCCUUGGUCAUGUGAAAUAAUCCUAGAUGUGUUUCAAGCAGAGCGGUUUCUGCCUGCUGAUACAGUACCUGAUCCAUCGCAAGAUCAGUGCUUGAGCUGUAAAAAAAAAACUUACAGGGCCCAUGGCCAGAUCAGUAUACUCGUGUCAUUAACUGAUGCUUAUGCACGAGUGAACUUGUUGCUCUGCGGUGGUAUCGUUUUUGUUUUUGUUUUUGUUUCUCUAGACCCUAGUUGAGAUUUUAGCAUUUCCAGACAGCUCUUGAAAUUCUGGUCGACUGAACAUUAGCGAAUUUGUUAAUUUUCUCAUGCGAGAGCACCGUUUGUGUUC